AUGCUGGUUUACGUAGUUCUACAGCGCGACGCGGCGGUGGCACCCAACGGCACUGUUCACGCGCUCCUCCUCCCCUCCGCCGACGGCGAGUGGGAGGAGCUCUCCGUCGGCCCGUCGCAGUUCGCGGGCGCCGGCUUUGGCGUCUUCCCGCGGAGCACGGCGCGGCUCGACUGGGGUGCGCUCGAGACGCCGGUGCUGAUGCCGUAUUUGGGGCUCGAGACGGUGGUGCAGGAUGCGCACCUCCUCAAGCUCCUCCUCCGCGUGCUCCAGGGAAACUUUGUCCCGCUGACGGCGGGCGAGGUGGCGGCGGCGGGAGGGGGGCAGCUCGUGGCGGACGGCCUGUGCGCAGUUUGCUACCUGCUGAGCGAGGAGGUGCAGGCCGACCCGCAUCUGCCGGCGGAGACUGUUGGCGGAGACUGUUGGCUGGGUCUCGGCGAUAGGCAGCACCAGCACGCCGACCGCAACUUGGCGACGCACGUGGCGCACGUGUGGCGCAAGGAGGAGGGGUACGUCCUCAUCAACGCGCACCCCGCCUUUGCCGAGCCCGUCUCGCUUGUCGGCAUGAUCAACGAGCCGCCCGCCGGCGAGGCGCCGACGACGCGCAUGAUCCAGGCGUACGCGCGGCUGCUCGACGACGCAGACCCGCUGCUCGCCGCGCGAGGGCUGCGCCAGCCUGACGGCGCGCGAGAGGCGUGGGUGGCGCACACGCUGCCGCCGCAGGGCGCCGCGCCGCCGCCGAGAGGCGUCCCCCACUCGCUGAGCGAGCGGAUGGUCCUCUAUUGCACCACGCGCAAGGCUUAUCGCGAGGGCAGCGAGAUCAGCGUCGACUACGGCGUCUCGUAUUCGCGAGACUACGCCUCCUCAAAACACCGCGCCACGCCGGCGCUCUACAAGGUGCCGUCGGACGAGAUGUGCCCGCGCGAUUGUGCGCGCGCGCGCUGGCCGCAGCUGCCGGGCUGGCACAACCCGGACAUGCAGCCGCGUCGCCGGCCGCUCUUCCGCAAGGACGCGUCGUGCGGUGGCGCCAUCCUCGUCUGCCCGGACGACCCCGCGCUCGUGCGGAGGCGCAAGCAGGCGCUCGGGAUUGACGACGAGGCUGCGGCAGAGCCGCUCGGGACGCCGCCAAAGCAGCGGCUGCCGCCCGCGCCGCCGAGCAUCGCCACGGUAUUUGCGAAGCGCAAGCGUGUCGCCUAACGCCGCUCCUCUCGUCGCGCGCUGCCCCAUAGCGCGUGCAGGCCACGGGUGGUGGACCCGUUUUGCUGGAAGUUGCUCGGCAGCCCAUAGCGCAUAGGCGUAAAGAGUAGCCCUCGAUGGAGUCCCUCUCGUUGAGGUCGCUGCUGCUCGCUCUUACUUGCUGGUCUCUCCACCAACGACACCGGACACCGCCAGAGUAUAUUAUUUUGUCCAAUGCACAUGACAUGAGCUGC